AUGCUGAGCCAGAGUGGGCUCUCGUACAAGCAAAUCCGCGAGAUAUGGGCAUGUGCAGACCGCGACGGACGUGGUCAGGUGGCGCAGAUGGAGCUGGCUGCCAUCUUGCGCCUGGCGGGGUGGGUCCAGGCUGGAAGGGAUGUCCGAGAGAGUCUGUUGGGGAAAGGACCGCUUCCAACAAUUAAGGGUAUUUCUGAUAAGUAUCCACCAAUUCCAAAGCCUGUUACGAUUGUGUUGCCUCCUGUUACAGCCGAUGUGUUAGAAGGUUUGAAGGAAUAUUUUCUGGAAUGUGUCCCAGUUAGUGGAGCUCUUGAAAAAAGAGAGGUAAUGGCUGUGUACAUGCAGUGUAAACCGGAUCUCUCUCUGGAAGCGCUCUACAGGGUGAUGCAGCUAGUUGAUCCUAAGAAUGACAUGUGCGAUUUCAGGGGUUUUGCCACAGGCCUCCAUGUCGUGCAAAAUCUUGACAAUGCAACACUAUGCUCAUCCGAUCUGCCUGACCUGGUCAAAAGUUGCAAAGGCCUCGCGCACAUCUCAGACACCACCGAAAUAUAUCAAUCUUCUACCACUGGAAAUUCUGAAUCUAGGAAAGCUCCUACUGCAGCCGUGUUGAAUACACCAUCACCCCGGAGUAUGAGCGGCGCGGGGCCCAAUGCAAACAUCCCACAUCCUCGGGCAUCAAAUGAGCCACUUGUCGAUGUCAAACUUCGUCCCAGUGUAGAUUUGCUCCAGCAGAUUCGUGAGGACCUAAGCCUCGUGACGUCCCAACUACAAACAGCGGUUCGUGGUCAGGCACAGCACAUCAGCGAGGUCGACAAAACGGUCCUCUCUCUGACCCAAGAAAAUGCGCAAUUGAAGCAGGAGUGCUAUAUGCUGCGCGCACAACUGGCGAACAAAGACACGGAGUAUUUAAAUAUGGUAAAGUUCCUCAAUGAACAUAUGACAACGCUUCAGUCGACGGUUGACGCAAUCAUGGGCUCCCAAGAAGCAACGUACGAGUCUGAAGGACCAACCAGGCGAGAUGUGAAUGACGUCCCCUUUGUCACAGAAUAUUCACCUACCAAUCAGCCUUUCAAAAACGACAGAAAGGGCCCCGCUAAUCAGGAUUCGCGAAUAUCAAUCGUAGCCUUGACCGACGAGACACAACUUGGGAAAAUCAAGAAUUCCAGAUAUUGGCCCCCAGUUACGGACCCAGACAUAGAAACAGCCAAUCCACAGAUAUACAUGCCCCACCAACCCAAUAAACCCCCACCCAGCCUCCCAUUGCUUCUCGACGGGAACGCUCCUACCCGGCCAAGAUUCGGCCCGAGAUUGAAAUCAAAUACAACCAGCCCCCAGCUUCAUUUACACGGCUUGGACAGGUUGAAUCACUCAAAGACUCCCGAAAAAGACGAAGACAAUGAAGGUCCAAGUCAGAUAGCUAUGGUAUCCCUAGGGUCCAACGGACACACUCAAAGCACACAGCCUAAUGCAGCAGUACUUCCAGCGCUUAAUUCCCUAUCAAACCCUGACUAUGUAACGAAGAAGUUUAUGACCUCUCCUCUGGAUCCUUCCCUCCCAUAUAUUCCACAGUCAGACAAAGAUAUGGAAAGUAUCAGGCUACAUGUCCAACAUAAAGGAAACAUUGAUCUCUACGGAAUCGAAAUGUCAGAGCGUUGUUCUUCGAAAAACGGCCUCGACGUCAGCGUACAAUCGCCUAUGGACUCCUCAUUCUUUCAACAACAUGUUUCCACUUCUUUGGAAUCCACAAGUCAUUCUGUUCCUGAUAAUCAUCCACCCGUUUCAUCGGACAUCCCCGUCUCAUCGGGAGUAUCUACACCUCCAAUCUCUGAAUUUGUCUCCAGCUGGCAUGGUAAAGAGGCUCUCAGGUUCUUCGUUUUCGUCCUACGCAAGUUCCGAGGACUCGAUUUCCCAUUUUCACCGCCGUCGCCGAUAUCUGAUCGUUGUAUUCAGUCGUGUAAUAGUCCUGUGCUCGUCGUUCCCUAG